AUGCAACGCAAUCGAACCCUUCUAGCCUCGCCCUUGAAACAUUCAGCUGCCGCCCCGAAUUCUCGCAGCAGAGCGACACAGUUAUUGGAAGAUGGGCUGAACGAAGAUGAAGGUGAUGAUACGGAGGAAGACGAAGAAACUUUGCAGCUGAAGCUAGCUGCUAUCCAAGCCCGGCUUAAGCUGAAACAGCUUCAGAAAAGCCGUGGGAAGGCGGGAACUCCGAAUCGAGAUCGAAAUGAAGGUGCGGAUGCCCUUUCUAGGCCAGCAUCCUCAGUAAGCUUCUCGUCGUUUACCGAAGGCCAGCUCUCAAAGCCCAAAGCCUCUCGUGAGACGAGUAGUCGGGAUUGCUCCGACGAUAUUCAGGUGCCUUUAUCUCCGACACGGCGCCCAGGGCCGCCAGUGGAGUCCACAUCGCCUGGACGAUAUAGGCUGGGCAUCGACAAAGGGCUGAAAGGCAGUGAUGUAUCCCUGAAGCGCCCACCCAGUUUCAAGGCAGCCGAUGCACGUCCCACGAGCAGACUUGGUAGUAGGGAUGGUCCGGCAACUCAUCAACGUCACACCUUGGCGCCUCAAUCGCUUUCGUUCGAGGAGCCACGUCCCAAGAGCUUCAGUGAGCGGAUGGCUGAAGGUCGCGCCGCUGAGAAAUCUCGGAGGGAACAAGUUGCGAAAGCUGAGCAUAUACGAGCGAACCGGAGUUCCGCUUUUCAGUACGACAAGGCUGAGAUGGAAGCCUUCAAGGGGGCUGCAGCGGAGAAAAGGCCUGAAUGCCCUUCCAAGCUACGUACAAGAAACGAACCAACUGAUAGCUUCAGCCGGAACGAUGUUCUGAGGUCAGUUAACAACCUCAAGCCUUCCCUAAAGAGGAGCAAGACAACUUCCAGCCUACGAGAAAACGAGCCAAGAUCAUAUCUACAACGGCGCAGCCAAAGAUCAGAAGCGCAAUCGUUUUCAUCUCAACCUGAGAGCUCCCGACCUAAUAGCUUUACCGAUGACGCCUCCACCUUGGCUGAGAGAGCGCAUGAAAAGCCUGAUGCGGCCAAAUUUGAACCUUUUUCUACACUUCACCUUUCUAACCGCAUCCUACCACAUUCUUUCAUGACCCGAACUCUCGAGGGCAAGAAAGCCCUCCGCAUACCAGACCUCCUUCGAAUGAUCAAGGGUCCACCCUUUGAACUACCGGAUGAAAUAGACACCGACUAUGUUGUUUUCGGCAUAGUAGCCUCUAAGUCAGAACCUAAACGAGUAAGGCAGCCGAAGAAUACCACUGCACAGGCUGCUAACCCAUUCGACGACGGCCUGAACAACAGAGACCAGUAUAUGGCCAUCACUCUUACUGACCUGAAGUGGACUAUUGACUUGUUCCUGUUUGAUACUGCAUUUCCUCGGUAUUACCGACUCUCAGAGGGGACUCUAAUUGCCAUUCUGAACCCUACAAUCCUUCCGCCACCCAAAGACAAGCUUGACACCAACCGCUUCAGUUUGAGUCUUUCUUCCUCCGACGACAUGGUCCUCGAGGUCGGAUCUGCACGGGACAUUGGCUACUGUAAGGCUGUCAGAAAAGACGGCAAAACCUGCCAGGCGUGGGUCGACGGCCGGAAAACCGAAUUCUGCGACUUCCACGUUGAUCUGCAACUGCGUCGUGCCCAAGCAGGUCGUAUGGGGGUGAACAGUGGAGCAGGUAUACGGCCCGUAGGGUCUCGCUCAGGCUUUUAUGGCGGUCAAAAGCGAUCUAUACAGAAAGGAUCUGGAGAGGGAUUACUCAGGGCAGAUGGUGCACAGUACGACCGGGAAACCCAGUCCUUAUACUACGUGGCACCGAGCUCGAAAUCGAGGAGCAAUACGGGCAGUUCUUUCCAUCAUCUACACCCUGGCCAAUCUGCGGCUAGCCUCAUCGAUGCGGAUACAGACGAUCCAUUCAUCGCGGCUGGGAUGUUGGGCCGCGGGGCAGAAAAUAAAGGAGAGCGCUUCCGUCGGCGCUUAGUUGAAAAGCAAAAGGAACGAGAGAUCACGCAAAUGAUCACCUCACGCACUGGAGGAGUUGCUGGAGAUUAUCUCCGAGCUCAGAUUAAGAACAACGAGAAUGCCCCCACCACGAAUUCCGCCCGAUCAGCAGCACAACACAAGAGGACAAACUCCAAGGACCCGAAGUCGCAUGCUGGCUCUUUCGUCGACGACAAACCGCUUGCCAUGAGCUUCAAACGUGCCGAGGCAGUGAGGCUCAGCCCCAAAAAGCGCGCGCAUGACGGUGACAGACCCCAUGGAAGCGGUAUAAAGAAAACACGCUUUAUAACAUCCAACGGUAUCAAGGAGGCUGGAAGGGAUAGCCUCGGAGGUAUAUCUAAUACCACGCCUCAAACGGACGAUUACGAUGAUGACGAUGAUCUGGAAAUCGUCUAA